AUGGGAGGCCCGGCGCGCCCACGGUCGCGGAGCAAGUCCCUGAAGGACGAUUCCCGCGGGUCGGACACCGGGGAGGACGCGGGGAGGGGGCCGCCGAGCAGGGGCGCUCAGAGGUCGGGCGGGGACGCGAAGACGGAUGCCGGGAGCAAGAAGCGUCCACGCAAGGCGGAGGAGGCGAAGGCAACAGACCAGUCCGCGCAGGGGAACCGCCCGAAGCGGAGCCGCAAGCAGGUCGAGCACUUCGAUCCAGGGAAGGUCCUCGCGCAGCCGCAGUACGCCACGGGAUUGAGGAUGAGCAAGGCCCGCAAAUCGGAUGCAGCGUCUCCCCGCGUCGACGCGCGGCCAGCACCUGCGCCCGCGGGCGGCGUGAAGCAGGCAGCCGCUGCCGCCAAGCCGCACGUGCCGGACAGCGACGACGACGAGGUGCACCGCAACGCCGGCCUCGGACACUCCCCGCAGCCGCCCCCGCACGAGCCCGCACCGUUGGCGGCGCAGCAGACCGCGCCGCCCGAGGCGGGCGCGAAGGAGCCGGCCGCGAAGGCCCGGCGCAAGAGCGUGCCGUCGUCCAGCGUUGACACGGGCGGCGACGCGCGCAUCGCGUCGUCGGCGGGGGCGCCAGCUGAGGCGGGGCGCAAGGCCGUGCGCGGCAGGGGUCGGGGCGGCGCGGAGAAGAGGCCCGGCGCGGCGUCGCGGAGGGGCCGCGGAGGGCGCCGGGCUGCGGCGCCGGCGCAGCGCGAUCCGGCCGCGAAGCCGACGCGCGCCUCCCUGGCACGGCAGGCGUCAGGGCAGCAAGCGCAGCAGCAGGGGCAGGGGGGCGCGUCGCGGGAGGCGCGUGGGAGCGACGGGGACGCCAACGGCAGUGCGCCUGCGCGCGGCGCGUCCAGCAAGGAGGACGCGGGGGAGUCGGAGGAGGAGGAGGAGCGGGCGACCUUGCCGCCCGUGCAGCGUCCACGCGGGGCGGCGGAGGUGGCGGCGCGGGCGGGGCCGGCGCUGACGGCGAGCGAGAGCGAGGGUGCGAGCGAGGAGGAGAGCGAGAGCGCCCCGGAGAGCACGUCCGGGAGCGAGAGCUGGAGGGACGAAGGGUCGCGGCGGGGCGGUCGUGGGGGCGCUGCGAGCAGCGCGCGCGGGUCGAGCGAGGUGGCCAAGCGCAGGGCGACACAGGCACGCCGGGCGAGUGGCGCGGCCGCGGGCGCCGCGGCGAAGGGGGGUGUUUCGUCGCCUGACAGCAACGAGGAUGCCGACGCAGUCGUGGCUACGCGCGGGAAGGGGGCCGUCAAGGCAAUUCCCGGAUCUCCGUCUUCGUCCGGCAGCGAGCAGCCCGUGCGCGCCCCGCACCCGCCAGCGGCCCGUCCGCAGAGCAGCCCAGCGCUUGACAUUAGCACCACCCCAACCGACCACGGAGCGGCGUCGCCGAGCCCUGCGCCCUCGCACCCCGCCCGGACAGCGGCGUCCGAGCGCGACGCGCCCGCCGCGGCGCCCAAACCCGCCGCAGAGCCCGCUGCCGCGAUGGAGGUGUGCCUCGUCGACGUUGUGCCACAACAGGUGCCACUGGCCCCGCCCGCGGGUCCGAGCGCGGCCAACGGCACGAGGCCGGGUCUGAGCGCCGCGGGCGACGGCGGCGCGAAGCGGACGGACGCCGCGGCGCUGCCACCGCAGGGGAACCCCCCUCCCGCAGGUGGCGCGGCGCCGCCGAGGACAGCGGCGCCGCGUCCCGCGCAGGGCACGCCAGCGGCCGCCCCCGCGAACAUGCCGGCGCGUCCGGCGCCCGCGCCAGCCGCGCCGACUGCGUCUGCGCAGAAACAAGACCUCGGGGGCAAGCCACCUGCAACAGCAGCGGAGCGCCGGACGUCGGACACGGGCACACCUGCGCCGGGCGCGCCGCGGCCAGCGACUGCCGAGCGCCAGGCUCCUCGCCCGGCGGCCAGGCCGCCGCAGAGCACUCCGCCCGCGGCCGCACCCCGCCCGCCGGCCAAGUUCAAACUCCAAGGGAUGCUGUCUGCGAUCAAGGGCGGGAGCGAGACGGUGCGCGGCGGCCCGACGAAGGCGACCGCGGCGCCGCCUGCGAGGCCCGCCAUGCCCCCGCGUCCACAGGCGCGCCCAGCAGCGCCUGCACCUGCGCCCAAGGCCCCCAGCGGCGUGACGGUGACGGAGGAGGAGCGCAAGGCGCUCAACCACCUCAAGGUGAAGGUGAAGGAGAAGCGGAAGAGCGCGGCGGCGCCGGGGUCCGGCGCCGGCGAGGCGGGCCCGGCGGCACCAGCGCCGGUCGCGCCGCCCAAGAGGUGGACGCGGGAGGACCCGCAGCCGCUGCUCGACGCGGACGACAACAGCCUCGCGUACCACACCGGGAACCUGGUCAGCUACCUGUGGGGGUUCGCGGCGAAGGACUCGCGCGCGCGCCAGCAGUCGACGAAAUCCGCCCUCGACUCCUGCAUCACCCAUGCCGAACAAAAGGGCUUCGUCGACAAGGCGAUGGACACGAUCGUCGCGGCGAUGGACGACAAGCCGCGCGAGAUGGGCGAGAGCUGGAACAAGCAGCGCCACCUGAUGGACUUCGUGCCCAGCCUGCUGGCGUCGGCCGCCGUGCGCGGCCCGGGCUCCUGCGCCGCGCAGCUCCUCCCGGACGCCAUCAUGCGGACGUGGCCGAAGAUCCUCGACGCGGCCCUGCGCCGCGAGAUCCCCGCCGCCGCGGAGCGCAUGCGGAAGGUGUGCAAGUCGCUGUUAGGGGACCUGCACCGGCGGGCCGCGAACGGGGACGACGCGAUGCGGGAGGCGCUCAGGGCGCAGCUGGAGCGCAUGGCCGAGAUCGCGGAGCGCAAGGUCCCCGCGCAGACCAUCCAGCGGAGCGCGGGCGCGUGCCGGAUGUACCGCGGACCCAUGGUCGGCGGGGGGGAGUUGGAACAAUACGCCCCCGUCCCGCAGCUGUUCACCCAGAUGACCUCGCGCGACAUGGUCGAGACCAUGCGCCGCCACGGAUACACCCUGCGCGAGGGCGUGCUCCCCAUCGAGGAGCUUCUGUCGCCGCCCGACGGCACCACCGCGCCCUGCUGGCGGCCCGGCCCCUGCGCCGGGGACAUCGAACACGGCGACCUGCGCACUCCGUGGCCAAGCGGCUUCAUCUUGCAGCCGCAGGACGCGGCGGACACCCGCGAGAUCCCCGGACGCUCGCCCGACAGCUCCCCGUGGACGGCGAUGCGCGCCAAGAGCCCCGCGCCGGAGGCGGGGCCGGCGGGCGACGCGGGCGGGCGGCGGGCGGAGAAGGAGCCGAAGAGCGACGCUCGGCGGCGGGUGACGAUCGAGAAGGAGGAGGUUCGGCACGGGGCGCCGCGCGCGCGGGGGGAGUCUCCCAGGAGGGGCCGGGGGGGCGGGGACGGGGAGCGGCCGCGGCCGGGUGGUCGCCGCCGCGGAUCGUCACGGUGCGGCCGGCGGACAGGGCGGGGCGGGGCCGCUGCCGCCGCCGCCGCCCCUGCCACGGCCGCCUGGGCCCCCGCGCGAGCCCGACGCCCGGCGCAGUCGGUCGCCGGAGCUGUCCGACGGCGAGAUCAGGCCUUCGCACCGCGACCGUGA